AUGUCACCGAGACGUUAUACCCGUCGGUCCGCUCCGGCAUUGCCUGAUGAGGUGCCAGAGCAAGUUGGAUCCGAUGAAGUUCGUGAGUUGCGGGCCCAAGUAGCAGUUCUGACUGGGGCUAUGCGACAGCAAGGGGAGCAGAUAGGACGGCUUCAUGAGUUGGUGGCUCGUCAGGCGGCGGCGGCUGCACCUGUAUCUCAGGACCCGCCUGCACCUGCAGCACCUACGCCGGUGGCGGCGGCACCGGUGACGCCUAUUUCUCGGACGGCUUCAGGCUCAUCGGCUCCUAUCCUGGAGGUACUUGAGGCCGAGCAGGAGCGGUCGUUGGCGGUGUUGACGGCCUUCAAGCGGUUUAACCCUCCGACCUUUGCGGGUAAUGUGAAGAAUCCCUGGAUGAUGGAGUCGUGGCUUUUCGCGAUGGAGGCGUUAUUCGAGGAUAUCUACACCCUUGAGAAGGACAAAGUUCGUUUGGCGGCUCACUGUUUGGAGGGGCCGGCUCGAUCGUGGUGGACGAGAGUGAAGAAUGGUCGGUCCUUGGAUCCGACUACCAUGACUUGGGAGGCGUUCCGGGAGAUUCUACUGAUGGAGUACUUUCCGGAAAGUGACAAGCGAAAGAUCAAGAAGGACUUUUGCAAGUUGAGGCAAGAAAGCCGAUCGGUGCGGGAGUAUGAGAGAGAGUUCUUGCACAUGGUGGAUUGUGUCCCCGGCUUGGUUCAUGGUGACCGGGACCGGGCAGAGGUCUUUGAGCACGAAUUGCGGCCAGAGAUAUUCAAGACAGUUCAUGCGCUCUGGCUGAAAACCUAUGAAGAGGUGCUCGAUCGUGCGCUAUGGGUAGAGCGCGGCAACGCCAUUGCACGCAAGGAACGCGAGGCGUUUGAAAGGGACAAGGAUAAGGAGAAGUCUAAGAAGCGACCGGCUGGUGGAUCCACGGAGCAGUCGAGUUCCAAGCGACCCCCUCGGUAUCUUAGAUCGCAGUGGCAGACAAUCAAGGAGUCAGACGACCCCCUUCCCGUGUGUGAUUUGCGGUGGGAAUCAUAG